GCGGCAAAACGCUAUAAAUACUACGUCUCGCCUCGCCUUCCCUUCUCCUCUCCAUCCAUGCUCUCCCUACGCUUGCGUUGAAGUCGCCCUCGCCCUCCGCCGCAAAUCUCUAGGGCUUUGGAUUCUCUCCGAGCUCUUCAAAUCUCUCGCCGCAUCGCAAGAACCCGAUCGCGUUCGAUCUCGAUUCCGCGGGAAUAAGCUGGUGUAUAGCCUUUUGGAUUCUCGAUCAGUCAAUAAUUUCAUCCGGUCAAGGUGAUAGGCUUUUGUAGACCACUUCCAACUCAGAUGUUUGAUUGCAUGAUCUAAAUGCUCUUUAGUUCUGGCAAUGAGAAGUUUUCAGGAAGCCUUCGCUUAAUGGACUGCACUCACAACUGCAGUGACAAGAAGACACUAAAGAGGUGGUUUUUCAUUGACAAAAGGGUUGGUUAAAUAACAGGAGCAGAGAAGGUGAUUUAAUAGCUUCUGAGCUAGCUGUUAGAUAUCAUUAGUCCGUUGAGGAUAAUUUUGGCAGUGGUCUGGAUUGAAUGGAUUUGAAGCCAAAACAUAAUUCCCCUGUUCUGACCGACCCAGUGCCUGUAAACAACUCAAGAUUAGGAUUGCCUUCUAAUAUUACACCAUAUUCACCUCAAGGACCUGCAUAUCCUUCUUCUAGCAUGUAUUUAACAAUUUCCAGAAGAAAGCCCAUGCCCAGUAAGCUCGAUGAUGUCCGCCAUGGUGGUUUGCCAGAUGCCAUGGGAUCUUCGUCACCUCCUCGCAAAAAGCUAAACAAGGAUUUCAGCUCUGAGUCUGCUUCAGUUGAACAAGAUGCUGCAUAUCGUACCUGGAUGUUGAAAUACCCAUCAGCAUUAAAUGCACUAGAACAUAUCACCACUUGUGCCAAAGGCAAGAAGAUUGCGUUGUUUUUGGAUUAUGAUGGAACUCUUUCACCUAUUGUGGACAACCCUGACCAUGCUUAUAUGCCUACUGCGAUGCGUACUGCUGUUAAAAAUGUUGCAAAAUAUUUUCCAACGGCAAUUAUUAGUGGAAGGAGUCGUGAUAAGGUGUAUGAAUUCAUAGGACUAACAGAAUUGCAUUAUGCUGGUAGUCAUGGAAUGGACAUUAUAGGCCCAGUCAGAGAAUCUAAGUCCAUCGAUGACCAUCCAAACUGCAUUAGGUCUACUGACAAGCAGGGUAAGGAGGUAAAUCUCUUCCAGCCUGCUAGUGAGUUCUUACCAAUGAUCAACGAGGUUUUUAGAUCCCUCGUUGAGAAUGUUAAAGAUAUAAGAGGUGCAAAAGUUGAGAACAACAAGUUUUGUGUCUCUGUACAUUACCGCCUUGUAGAUGAAAAGAGUUGGCCUGCCGUUGCACAUUGUGUGCGCGAUGUCCUAAAGGACUACCCUCGUUUGCGAUUGACUCAUGGGCGGAAGGUUUUAGAGGUCCGCCCUGUGAUUGAUUGGGACAAGGGUAAAGCUGUCGAGUUUCUGCUUGAAUCCCUUGGAGUAAGCAAUUGUGAUGAUGUGCUCCCGAUUUAUAUUGGGGAUGACCGUACUGACGAGGAUGCAUUCAAGGUUCUAAGGGAGAGAAACCGUGGCUAUGGUAUUUUAGUGUCAUCAGUGCCAAAAGAAUCCAAGGCCUUCUACUCUCUUAGAGAUCCAUCUGAGGUAAUGGAAUUUCUGAAUGCGCUGGUGAAAUGGAAGAAGUCGGCAGCAUCAUAAGAAGAGGAAUUUCAAAUAAUUCCACCCACAAUAAAUGUUUAUAAAUAUAUAUAAAUAGUUGUGUCUGACAAAUAAGCCAAGGCCCAAAUGUGAUUGAAGGAACUGAGUUUUUACCCUGCGGGCCAGAGUUUGGCAUUUGAUUUUCAUUUGUUAUUAUUUUAUAGGGCAAUGCGUUUCUCUUUUUGCAAGCUCUCCCAUUUUGAUCCGUAGUAGAUUCUCUAGUUAUUUGCUCAUCUUCAGUUCAUACUGCAUAUUUGUUUAUUCAUUCAUUGUUGACAGUUCAAAGCUUAAUCGAUUGUUGUUUUGUGAA